AACCAGUCUGCUCCUGCCGGCUAAAACGAACGUGCUCUCCCUCCGCCACUCCAUCUCCUCACUCCCCGGGAACCGAAGCAUGGCUUCCGUCACCGCCCGCGCCCCGGUCGCGGCCCUGCGCCCGUCGGCAUCGCUCAAGUCCACCUUCCUCGGGCCCUCUACCCGCCUCGGCCGCACCUCGUCGUCGACAAGGCGCAGCAGCCUCAGGGCGGAGGCCAAGGGCGAGUGGCUCCCCGGCCUCCCCUCCCCUGCCUACCUCGACGGCAGCCUUCCAGGCGACAAUGGUUUCGACCCAUUGGGGCUGGCGGAGGACCCGGAGAACCUGCGGUGGUUCGUGCAGGCUGAGCUGGUGAACGGGCGGUGGGCGAUGCUGGGCGUGGCGGGGAUGCUGAUCCCGGAGGUGCUGACGAAGAUCGGCCUGAUCAACGCGCCGCAGUGGUACGACGCCGGCAAGUCGGAGUACUUCGCGUCGUCAUCGACCCUGUUCGUGAUCGAGUUCAUCCUGUUCCACUACGUGGAGAUCCGGCGGUGGCAGGACAUCAAGAACCCCGGCUGCGUCAACCAGGACCCCAUCUUCAAGAGCUACAGCCUGCCGCCGCACGAGUGCGGCUACCCCGGCAGCGUCUUCAACCCGCUCAACUUCGCGCCCACGCUCGAGGCCAAGGAGAAGGAGCUCGCCAACGGGAGGCUGGCGAUGCUGGCGUUCCUGGGGUUCCUGAUCCAGCACAACGUCACCGGCAAGGGGCCCUUCGACAACCUGCUGCAGCACCUGUCCGACCCCUGGCACAACACCAUCAUCCAAACGCUCUCCAGUUGAGUUCAUCGAGUGUGGUCAAUUGGUGACCCGAUGGAGGGAGAAGACAUACAUUGAGACGAUCGAUGUGAAUUCCUUUCUGGAUCUGUAUUCGUGCCGUGUUGUUAAUCUGGAUUCUGGAGAGGAGAUUCAGACCGUGUUGUAACGCAUGGUGAAGAGAGUGGGGACUGAGGAGUGAGUGGUAUGUACAUUAAUCACAGGGGAGGUUAAGGAUAGAGAUUGCUUGAGUGUCUAUCUCGAUGGGGUUCGUUCUGUGCUUA